AUGGGCAUGUUUGAUUGGAUUUUCGGGAAGCAGCGGUCGCCUGCUGAAGUUAUGAGGGCCCACCAACGGCAAUUGAAUCGUGCGGAACGUGAAUUGGAUCGUGAACAACUGAAACUCGACCAGCGAGAGAAGGGUCUCAUUCGAGAGAUUAAAGCUAAUGCAAAGGCCGGAAAUGUGGGUGCUGCUCGAGUUCAGGCCCGGGAUCUUAUGCGCCUGCGAAACAGUCGGAAACGAAUGCAAAAUACAAAGACACAGCUUCAGGCAAUCGGUUUGAGACUUACAACGGUGCGGUCGAGUGACCAAAUGAUGUCAAGUAUGCGCAGUGCUACGACUCUGCUUACGCGAAUGAAUCGUUCAGCAAACCUUCCUGCCCUGACGCGUAUCACUCAGCAGUUCGAGCGUGAAAACGAUAUGAUGGAACAGAGACAAGACAUGAUAGACGAGCAGUUUGAGGAAGGUCUGGAAGAUGAAGAUGAGGAAGAGGCAGACGAACUUGUGGAUCAAGUGCUUGAUGAAAUUGGCGUUUCUCUCAGUCAGGAUUUACCAUCUGCGGCUCAAGCCAACACGACGAAAGCAGACACCAUUUCUUCCGGCUUAAACCUGGAGGAUUUAGCCCAUAUUCGGUAG